UACUGACAAAAUCAAGCCAGCGCUGUGAUAAGCGUAAAUAGCAGGACAUUGUUACCUACAUACCUGCCCAAUCACGCUGAUAGUAAACAUAUUUACAAACAUACACACAAUCAGAUAAGCAAUUGCUGUAUGUCUGCCCAUCUGAUUAAAACUUUGACGAAAAAUCAACAAUUGUAAAAUCGUUAAGUGUGCGAAUACAUAAAAAUAGUUACAGAAUCUAACUAAAUCGCCAUUAAAAUCACGUUCUUACUAACUGGGCGUGCUCACAACGACAACGUCAACAAAACAACAGCAAUAACAGUUGCGCGACAGCAACAGUUACAACAAAAAUUACCGCAGAGUAAACAACAUAAGUGUAUUGAAGUAAACUUUAUCAAAUUAACAAAUACAAAGUUGAAUACAAAAUACAAAGCCAAAAAGUUAAACACACACUAGCAGUGCAAAGAUUACGCGAGCGACUAUGUGUAUAGUGUUGAAUUAUUAACAAAGCCAAAAACUCAAGUCAGAAAGUAAACGAGCGUUGCGCGAGUUGGAAAUAUUUUCCAUACCACUUGUUCGGAGAAUACAGUUCGUGUAUCAAUUUUCACAAGUGAUCGUACAAUUAACUUGAAAUUUGUUAAAUAUAAAAAAAAUAUUUUAAUAAAUACAUACAUACAUACAUAGAUCUUAAAGAAUAAUACAGACAAAAGUUUUAAUAACUAAAUAAAACGUAUUAAACUCGUUUAUUCGGUGUUUUUUAGUCGUCCCAUGCGAGAUAAGUCAAUGCGCCGUCAUGUUUUCAAGCAUUUGACUAGACGCGAAUAGCGAUAAGCGCCUUAUUGCCGUCUAAUUACAGUGUUAAAUUGCUGUAACGCCUACGCUAGAAACAACAUUGCGAAAACUACCAGUUCAAUAUACCGAAAGACACAGUUUUUGAAUCCAGCAAUUGUGAUAAAACAAACUUGCAUAUAAAUAAAUGGAGAAGUCUAAUCACAAAGAACUCCGAUUCCAUACCAAUGAGCACCAAGUGAGUUACAUGUAUCUGAUAAACAAAAUGCUGCUGAAAAUCGAGAAUACCCUACUGCGAAGCCAUCGACAACGCGAAACCACUGGAAUAAAGGAGCUAUACAAUUCCUUUUUCGUAUUAUUUUAAACAAUCUAGCCGAAAAUACCUUAAACUGUUUUAGUCAAACAGCAUUCAGUGUCAAAAUAAAAUAUUUAGCCAACAUAGCAAGUUUGUUACUAGUUUGUGUUACAAAGUUAUAUGCACAUAUUUACUGUUAAAAAAAAAUAAUCAAAAAAACACAAAAAAAAUAAAAAAUAAAUAAAAAUGAAAUAAAAAAGAGGGACGCAAAAUUAAAUUUGGUUGUUAGUAAAAGCAAGUAAUUUCUCUGAAAGUGUACCUCGAAAUUGCCAUAUUAAAGCAAAACAAAAUAGCCAUAAUUAUUUUAAGAUAUGUGUGAUUAAAAAAUCUCAAAGCAGUUAUCAUUUUGAGUCUAUAAGCAGUGACGUCGCUCGUCAGAAGUUGACCCUCCUAGCUGCUACCAAGCAAUUCAGUUUUUUGUCGCGUCGGAAAGAAAUAACAACAACGUAACUAAGCGGAAAUAUAUAUCUUCUGGGUUUUUAUCGAUAUAUCACGUUAGUCCGAUUUGAAAAUCUCGUCUUAAAUUAACAGUUUUUCUACGAGUGUGCGUGCGUGAGUUGAUAUCCUUAGGAUACCUACAAUACCGAAUGGCGCUUUCGCUGCUCUCACAUCAGCAGCAGCCAAAUUAUUUCGAUUUGCAAACAUUAUUCGAUCCAUACCCAUUGCAACAACAACAUCAACAAUCACCUUCCCACCUGCAGCAACAACAACAGUAUCAUCAUCAGCAGCACAUCCAGCAACAGCAGCAGCAACAACAAGAUUUAACGGCGCUCAAAAGCACCAGUAUCAGCGCUGUGGCAUCGAAAAUCAAUCCGACGACGGGAAUAACUAAUUUUUGCGCGGAUCAAAUGGAAUACGCAGCCAGCAAUCUUCACCAGAAUCACAACCAUUAUCAGCAACAGCAGAAUAACAAUAGUAGCGACAACAAUAACAACAGUGGUGUCAGUUCCAUAAGUAAUAAUAGCAGAAAAAUUAGUGGCAUUGCACCUACAAAUAAUAACAGUCAGAUAUUGCACAAAACAAAUCGAUUUUAUACAAACGGCUACUCACAUCACCAAAUAGCGUCGGAUUAUGUAAUUACGUUUGUAGACUCUCCGCCGAACUCUGAGGAAUCGUGGACAGACGAACAAUCCAAAGAAACGCCUGGACCCCAAAUUAUAGACGUACAGACAAUUUAUUCAAAUAGUGGUUCACGAAAGAGACGAAUGGAUUGGGAUCCAUUGGAUAUCGGUCAAAGUGGAACCACAACUGCAGCUCAGUCUGGAGAAUUAGCUAAUAAAAUUCCACUUCAGGAGAAGGAAAAACAAAAAAAGGAGAAAACGGCCGGUGAUGGCA